AUGACUUUUGUUACGCAGGGCUCAAUCCCAGAGGUCGUCGAAAAGACCAUUGGCGAGAGCCUGGACGAGAGAACGUCCAUUCUCGAGAAUAUCAGCGAUCUGGGUCCCCCAGAUAUGGUGCAUCUGAAGAAACACAACAGCUCUUCCGGUUCAAAACAUCCAUAUUUGGGCACGUUUCUGUACUACACGGGGGCCGACGUGUCGAAUUCUGCCACCAUUGCGGCUCUUUUGAACUCGCUGAGCAACAUCAUUGGCGAAGAGCCCCAAAUCUGGUUCGGGAAAGAAAAACACUGGAAAGUGACCGAGGCAACCUACUGUACCUACAACGUGUUCAGCAAAGUUGAUGUCCGGGUCACUUGCAAGUUCCCGGGCCAAGUGGAAUCGUACAUGAUUGACGGGCUGGGGAACAAAGUGAACGAAACCGAUCGACUGUGGACUGAGACAUUUGUCAGUGCGGUUGUGCGUGCUUUGAUUAGUGCCGACGCCGACGUGGACGAUUUCACGUCUGUGGUGGAGAUUCGCAAGAUCAAUCCAUUUCUCAAUAAGGAGUGCGCGUCUUUGUUUGUGAAGGGGUUCGAGGAACUGUAUAACGAGGGCCCUAAACUCGGGUGUUCUGAAGAUCUCCAGGUGCCAACCAGAUGCAACAAUUAUUUGGUGGACGCUUUUGUCAAGUGUAUUCAGUUGACAGGUAUGUGGGAGGAAGGAAUUGCAAUUCUCAACAGAAUCACACAGGAAGACCACACGGCUUCGUAUUUGAUUGCCAAACUGUACCUGCUCAACAACCAAGAAAUAAAAGCCGUCAAGGUGAUGUACGAUACUAUCAAGCUUAACCCGCUGGAUGGCGAGAUGCUCACUCUGCAGGCCCAAUACUGCCUGAACAAGAAAAAGCUGGAUCUGGCUCUUCCAAUUGCCAUUAAGGCGGUCAACAGCACUCCAUCGUACUUCAAGCCGUGGUCUGUCCUGGUGGAGGCAUACAUUCAAAAAGGAGACUAUGAAAAGGCGCUUCUCACACUGAACUCGUGCCCCAUGGUUACUCAUAAAGACAAAUUUGUGCUGAAAAGAGUCAACAAUCCGCAGCCUGAGGAUCUGCAUCUUCCUCUUCCAAUGGAUGUCACGCUUCCCAAUGUGACCAGUCUGAGCUCGCUGGACAUUGCUGCAGAGCACGAGAAGGUCGACCACAAUCUGCUGAAUCUGGCUGCGGCCAAUUUGAAGUCGACUUUCGCCAAAGCGUACAAGCUGCUGACAGACAUAGUUUUGGAGACCGGCUGGGAGUCACUUCUGAAAUACCGUACCAAAGUGUUUGUGAUGGAGGACGAGUUCAAGAAGGAAAAUGCACAGCCAAGCCUGGACAGCAGCUCUGGCUCGUCAGAAGCCGCGAACGGGUCUGCUGGGUCCCAGUUCAAAAAGAAGCGUCUUUGCGAAAGAUGGCUCGACAAUCUAUUCAUGCUUCUGUACGAGGACUUGAGGACUUACACGAUGUAUCGUGCGCAGGUGAUGCAUUUUGAAGCCCAGCAGCUGGAUCUCGAGAAAACGACGUUGGAAUGGGAGCUUCUGGGACUUGUCUCGGAGCGGCUGGGCCACCAGAGAGAGGCUGCCCAAUGCUACGAGAAGGGCCUUGGCCUGCGGUUUGCUGUGCGCAGCUCCAAAAAAUUACUAGACUAUUACACCGAACAGAAGAAGAGGACGGCAAGCUUGGAGGCACUCAACAAGCUGAAUGAUCAGAUUCUGGAUCUGGUGGUCAAUCUGACCGUGUGGUUCCACAGAUGGUACUGCUCGUUCUCGCCGAAGAUGAUUCUUGCCCUGUCGGGUCUGAUCAACGAAGUUGGGCGCACUAAGGUGGAGAACGAGAUCAAGGUCAAAUACAAGAACAACCGUGGCGUCUACGAUCUUGUCCGCGACAAUAUUCUGUAUUUGGAGGAGUACGGGCUGAUUGAGAACGAUUGA